UCCGUAGAUCAGGGCCUGGGCGUCGACAGUGAAACUGGUUCACUUCUCACUUCAGCUGCUGCGUAGGAGCAAAAAGCAAACACCACCUCAGUUUGAGAGUUCCGAGGUGUCUCUUACAUAAACGAGCGGUUGAUAUUAAACAGAAAACAUGCACUCAGACAGCAGUGGUUCUCCGAGGAAGCGGACCUUGUCUCGGGGACUGAGCGAGGACGAGUCUCUCCGCAGCAUUAUCAAAGAGGCUGAGAGUUCGUCCAGGCGUCUAACGCGAGGGGACAGCCGAGCAGGCAGCGUGAAGAGGGCAAGUGAAAGUCAGUCUGACCAGGAUCUUUUCAUGGGAAUCCCUGAAAUGCUGGAGCUGCAGGCCAGCUAUGACGAGGUGGUGCAGGAGAUGCGUGGGCUGGAGGUCGAGCGAGAGACUCUGUUGUUCCAGGUGGACGUCCUGCAGGACACGCUGGAGGGCGUAGAGGAGCUGCUGGCUGAGGUCCAGAGGGAAGCUGGACAGGCUAAUGUGGAGUUGGAACAAGAGAGGGAGGCCAAGAGGAAGCUGGAGAGCAUGGUCAGCUCUCUGAUGAAAGAGGUGGAGAGACUGAAAGAGGAAAGAAAUAAAGAGCCUGCUCCUGUAAACACCCAUGGAAGUGAAGAUGAUGUAGCAAGACAAGGACAGGAGAUAAGAAAUGAUGCCAAGGAGCAGGAUCCCUCGUCCCUGUGUGGACGCGGUGAAAGCAGAGGGCGAGUGUCAGAGGAGAUGGAGCAGAGUAAAGGGCCAGAUGAUGAAGGGAGCAUCACAACAAAGCUGCUGAAGAUAGUGAAACAGCCUCUGAGCCACGUACCGUCUCUUGCUCUGGACAAACUGCUCUCUGAAGACGGGGUUCUCCAGAGGCCUUACGAAAACGGCGUCAACGCCGGACGAGAUCUCUCACCAGACAGGAACGACUCGGACGAUACCAGUGCCUACGAGGACGCGUCCGCUGAGACUCCGGAGAAGGACGGGAUCUUUCCAGGUGAUGGAGAUGCUCAGGAGCUGCCUGAUGAUUCAGAGAAUAAAGAGAACAACUGUCAGGCCCAAGACCCCACAAACCCUGAUAUGUGCUCUGUAUCUUAACCUUAUCUGUGGAGUCUGCUGCUGGGAGAAAGGACACAUACGAAGAAUAUUCUAGAUCCUUAAUUGAAUUUUAAGAGGUCCUUGAUUUGUUGUUUACAAAAUCUCACACCUGAAACUAAAGCUCAGAAAUUGCUAGAAAUGAUAGACAUUCACUUGUUUCUAUGGGAAUAUGUUUAGGCCAAAAUUUCUCUGGAAAAUUGUCAUAAUUUUUUUAUUACCUUUGGACAUUUUAGAGAUCUUUUGUGGACCGAUCAGUUAGUCACAAAAAUAAAGACGUUACAGUUAAAUUGAUGAUGAAAAUAUUUGUUAGUAAUAGUAGCAGCCAAAGCUGAAAUACACAUUAAUUGAAAGAUAAUGUUUCAAAUUCACAUCUCAGGAUCCAUUUGGUUCAUACAUACUUAAUAUUAUUUGCAAGUUAUUUCUUGCAAAUGCCUUGUUUUGUUUUAUUUUUUUAAAUGAAAGAUUCUUCAUACUGUUUUUGACAUUUUACCUCUUUACUUAUCUUUUAAGAAAUGCUGUUUGCAUAUGAACAUUUCAGACAAAUCACGACUUACUUCAUACAAAAUACAGUCUACUGUUUUGAUAGAGACAGAUGUUAUGGUUCUCAUCAUAACUGCACAUUUAGAAAAAGCUGAUUUAAAGAAUAAGAGGUUGACAUUCACUGCUUGUUACAAGUAUAUUUAUACUCAGAAUGAGAGUGUAGUAUACACAUAUUUGGUCUGACUAUCUUCAGUUUCACUAUAAAGGAGGAUUAUGUCAUAAGUGACACCUAAAAUCAGAGACCGAUCAUUAAUAAGGUUAGGUUCUGUUGACUAUCACUGCCACACUGAUUCCAUUUGAACAUUCUUUUUUUUGAUGUGGUUUCCUUUUCCAUUUGUUGUUUUUGAUUUUAAAUGUUAGAAAAGUCGAUUUGGCUGCAAUUGCACUUUCUCAAGUUCCUGUAAUAGACUUUGUCACUCGACCCUACAAACAACAUUCCCUUUAUGACCAUGCACAUCGGCGUGAGACAAACAGCUGACCUGCCACAGGCUGUAUUCUCUGUCUGCAUGACUACUGUAUGUUUGCACAUUUGCAGUGAAUCUUGCUGAUAUGACUUUCUUUACGUGUCUUAAAAAUGCUGUACACACUUUGUAUUUAAUGGCAAUUUUUUGUAUGUCUUUCUUAACAAUGUUACUCGAUGCCUGAGGCGACAGGAGACCCUCUUCACCUCAUGUGUGAUUGUCUGCAUGAGGACCUACAAAUGUAUGUGGAUCUCUGUUCUUUAGGAGUCAUUUUGCAUGUAGUUCAUGCACUGCAUCAGAUAAUCUUUUUUUAAAGGGAUUUUCAAUUUUUAUUGUGUUUGCAAAACAGCUUUAAGCUCAGACGACUUUUCCACAAAGGGAGUUGAAGGGAAUUCACUGCCACAUGUACUGCGGUGGGUAUUUAUGUUUUUUUUAGUCAGUUUCUUACGCGUAAGGGUUUUUUGUAAUGACACACAAAGGUUAUACCACAGACAGGUCAUACUUAAUGUUUUAAAAGUAAUUUCACUUUCUCGUGAGGCCGUUGUUUCAGCACAGAGCAGCAACAGUAAUCAAAUUGUGAUUUGUCAGCAAACAUUUCAAAGAAAUUGUUUCUGUGUAACUCUGUGUGCUUUAUGGGUUGAAACAUUUUGAUGUGUCCAGAGCUUUGAUCCAAAUGUUGAAAUGUAACGGUAAAUUCCAAAUUUAUACUUGUGCCUGAUUUCAGACAUUUCAGACAUAUCAAAAUAAAAAUGAAAAAUAAAAAUAAAAAUGCU